UGCUGUCGUGACGCCACCUGACGCAGGGUGGCGGUGUAAGUAAUGUAAUCAGUUAGGGGCCCAAAACAGCAGAAGAAGAAGCCGCCGUUGCUCAAUGCUUUUAGGUUCCUCAAAGCUAAAUAAUGCCAUUAGUUCAUCCUGCUAUUUGAGGUUCUUGCACCUUGUCCAUAAAGAAGAUGAAUCGCCCAAAGCCUACAACACUGAGGCGCCCAAGUGCUGCAAAACCGUCGGGGCAUCCUCCACCAGGGGAUUUCAUCGCUCUAGGCUCAAAGAGCCAGUCAGGCGAGCCCAAAGCACCUCCUGUCCUCUUAAAGCCAGCCUCGACAAGUUUACCCGCUGACCGCAAGAGAGAGGCUUCCUCCACUCUGCCCUCCUCGUCUGGUCUGUCCACCCUAACCAAGAGACCCAAAUUACCCACUACUCCACCUGUCAGUGCUCUGGGACGCCUUGCCGAUGUCGCGGCAGUGGAUAAGAGGGCUAUAUCACCCUCAAUAAAGGAGCCUUCGGUGGUACCCAUCGAAGUGUCUCCAGCCGUUCUGCUGGAUGAGAUCGAAGCCGCAGAGUCAGAGGGAAACGAUGAUCGCGUGGAGGGAUUGCUCUGUGGAGCAGUGAGGCAACUGAAGAUGAACAGAGCCAAGCCCGAUAUCACUCUGUACCUCGGCUUAAUGUUUCUGGCCAAAAUCAAGCCCAAUGUCUUUGCAACCCAAGGAAUUAUUGAGGCAUUGUGCAGCCUCCUGCGUCGGGACGCUUCCAUCAACUUUAAGGCAAAAGGCAACAGCCUGGUGUCGGUUCUGGCGUGCAAUUUGCUCAUGGCAGCCUAUGAGGAAGAUGAGAACUGGCCAGAGAUAUUUGUCAAAGUUUACAUUGAGGACUCGCUCGGAGAAAGGAUAUGGGUUGACAGUUCCCACUGUAAGACGUUUGUUGACAACAUCCAGACGGCGUUUGGUACAAAGAUGCCACCAAAGAGCAUGCUGUUGCAGACUGACAGUGGUCGCACACCUGGGGAUCUCAGUGCAGGUAACAGCCCUCAUCCGUCAACACCAGAUGAGGAUGACAGCCAAACGGAAUUACUGAUAGCAGAAGAGAAACUUAGUCCUGAGGAUGAAGGCCAAAUCAUGCCGAGAUAUGAGGAAUUGGCAGAAAGUGUGGAAGACUACGUGCUGGACGUCUUGAGGGAUCAGCUGAACCGCAGGCAACCGAUGGACAACGUGUCCCGAAAUCUGUUGCGUCUGCUCACAGCAACAUGUGGCUACAAAGAGGCGCGCCUUCUGGCUGUGCAGAGGUUGGAGAUGUGGCUCCAGAACCCAAAGCUGACUCGACCCGCUCAGGACCUCCUCAUGUCGUUGUGCAUGAACUGCAGCACCCACGGAGCAGACGACAUGGAGGUGAUCUCCAGCCUCAUCAAGAUCCGCCUGAAACCUAAAGUCCUUCUGAACCACUACAUGCUGUGUGUCAGAGAGCUGCUAAAUGCACAUAAAGACAACUUGGGCACGAUGGUGAAGCUGGUGAUUUUCAACGAGCUUUCUAAUGCCAGGAAUCCCAACAAUAUGCAGGUUCUGCACACGGUGCUGCAGCACAGCCCGGAGCAAGCACCGAAGUUCUUGGCGAUGGUGUUCCAGGACCUGCUGACCAAUAAGGACGAUUACUUGCGAGCUUCCAGGGCUUUGCUCAGAGAGAUCAUCAAGCAGACCAAGCAUGAGAUCAAUUUCCAGUCGUUUUGUUUCGGCUUGAUGCAGGAGAGAAAAGAGGCCAGCUAUGUGGACAUGGAGUUCAAAGAGCGCUUCGUGAUCCAGGUGACUGAUUUACUCACGGUCUCCAUGAUGUUGGGCAUCACUGCUCAGGUUAAGGAAGCUGGCAUUGCGUGGGACAAAGGGGAGAAAAAGAAUCUGGAAGUCUUGCGGUCUUUCCAGAAUCAGAUUGCUUCCAUCCAGAGAGACGCUGUGUGGUGGCUUCACACCGUGGUCCCUACCAUCAGCAAAGUGGGCGCAAAAGACUAUGUUCACUGCCUUCACAAGGUGCUUUUCACCGAGCAGCCUGAGACUUAUUACAAGUGGGACAACUGGCCUCCAGAAAGUGACAGAAAUUUCUUCCUUCGCCUUUGCUCUGAGGUGCCGUUGCUCGAGGACACCCUGAUGCGCAUCCUGGUCAUCGGGCUGUCCCGCGACUUGCCUCUGGGCCCGGCCGACGCCAUGGAGCUCGCGGAUCACCUGGUCAAGAGAGCCGCUGCGGUUCAGUCUGACGGUGCGCGGGGAUGCGCUCCGGCUGUUGCUGUUUACGAACACAAUCUAGAUGUCCUUAGAGUGGAGAGGAUCCAGCUCAUUGAUGCUGUGCUGAAUCUGUGUACAUACCACCAUCCAGAGAACAUUCAGCUGCCAGCAGGGUACCAACCGCCAAAUUUGGCGAUCUCCACUCUCUAUUGGAAAGCGUGGCUUCUCUUACUGGUUGUGGCUGCCUUUAAUCCCCAAAAAAUAGGCUUGGCUGCCUGGGAUGGUUAUCCUACACUGAAAAUGCUAAUGGAGAUGGUAAUGACAAAUAACUACACGUACCCGCCAUGCACCAUCUCUGACGAGGACACCAAGACGGAAAUCAUCAACAGGGAGUUGCAGAUCUCCCAGCGAGAGAAACAGGAGAUCUUGGCCUUUGAGAGCCAUUUGGCGGCCGCCUCUACUAAACAGACCAUCACAGAGAGCAACAGCUUGCUGCUGUCUCAGCUCACCAGCCUGGACCCACAGGGUCCUCCGCGUCGGCCUCCUCCUCAGGUCCAGGAGCAGGUGAAAAGCCUCAACCAGUCUCUCCGUCUCGGUCAUCUCCUCUGCCGCAGCCGCAGCCCCGACUUUCUGCUCAACAUCAUCCAGAGACAGGCGUCCUCUCAGUCCAUGCCCUGGUUGGCCGACUUGGUCCAGUCCAGUGAGGGGUCCCUGGACGUGCUUCCAGUACAGUGUCUGUGUGAGUUUCUUCUGCACGAUGCUGCCGACGACAGCUUGCCAGUGGAGGAUGACGAAGAUGCAGAGAGCAAAGAGCAGAAAGCCAAAAAGAGACAACGACAACAAAAGCAGAGGCAGCUACUUGGACGACUCCAAGAUCUUCUCUUGGGUUCUAAGGCUGAUGAACAGACAACCUGUGAAGUUCUCGAUUACUUCCUGCGACGUCUUAGCUCUUCCCAAGCUGCUUCCAGAGUCCUAGCCAUGAAGGGUCUGUCUUUGGUGCUGAGUGAAGGAGGCCUAAAAGAUGGAGAGGAGCGAGAGCAGCCCAUGGAGGAAGACUCCGCAGACGCUGAACUUCUGCCUGGGUACCAGUGGCUGCUGCAGGACCUCCCGAAGCUCCCCUUAUUCGACAGCGUCCGGGGAAUGACCUCCACCGCUCUGCAGCAGGCUAUUCACAUGGAAACAGAUCCACAGACCAUCAGUGCGUACCUCAUCUACCUUUCCCAGCACGCUCCCAUAGAGGAGCAGGCAGCUCAUAAUGACCUAGCACUGGACAUCGCCCGUCUGAUUGUGGAGCGCUCCACCAUCAUGAACAAUUUGUUUUCCCGACACUCCACCAGACCCGAAUCUGAUGCAGUGCUCUCCGCUUUCCUUACUAUAUUUUCUACCUACAUCAAGAGGAUGAGGAAGACUAAGGAGGGCGAGGAUCUGUACAGCUGGUCAGAGUCCCAGGACCAAGUGUUCCUCCGCUGGACCACUGGAGAGACGGCUACGAUGCACAUUCUCGUGGUCCAUGCAAUGGUCAUCCUGCUGACGCUGGGACCACCCAAAGGAGAGAGUGAUUUUUUUGCUCUCUUGAACAUCUGGUUUCCUGAAAAGAAACCUCUGCCUACUGCCUUCCUGGUUGACACCUCAGAGGAGGCUCUGCUGCUGCCGGACUGGUUGAAACUGAGGAUGAUCCGUUCAGAGGUCUCUCGAUUGGUAGAUGCAGCUCUACAGGACUUGGAGCCUCAGCAGCUCCUGCUGUUUGUUCAGUCCUUCGGUAUCCCCGUCUCCAGCAUGAGCAAACUCCUGCAGUACCUGGAUCAGGCUGUCUCUCACGACCCAGAUAGUCUGGAGCAAAACAUCAUGGACAAACACUACAUGGCUCAUUUGGUGGAGGUGCAGCAUGAGCGAGGUGCCACUGGGGGGCAUACCUUCCAUGCUCUGCUGAGCUCAUCCCUACCUACAAGCAGAGAUUCUUUGGAAACUUGUAAGGCCAAAGUUACGGUGGAAACGCAUCAGAGCUCUGUAAAAAUGAGAGCAGCCACUCAACUUCCAUCCGUCAGACCUGAGGAUGAUCUCACCGGCAUGUUGCUGCAGAUUUUCCCCAUAAAGGUGGACCCCCGUUGGCACGGGCCUCCUCCCAGCCAGCUCUCUCUCGCCCUGCAGCAGACCUUGGCUAAGGAGCUGAUACGGGCCAGACAAGGGCAGAUUCAGCAGGGCGGUGUGGCCUUUCGUCUCCUGCAGGCCAUCGCAGCCCUGCUCACUUCCACCCACGCAGGGCCCAUCGUCAUGUCAAUGCAUCGCAGCCAUGCUCUCUCUUGCCCUCUAAUGCGUCAGCUUCAUCUGUACCAGCGUCUUGUAUCCAAGGACAUUGCCUUCUCCUCUCUAUUCCUAAAAGUCGUCGUCGAGAUGUUAAGGUGGUUAGACAACCCGACGGUGGAGGUCGGACCUCUGAAGUCCCUCCUGAAAUCCUUCGCCGGUCAGAGCACUCACAUACAGCGGCCCAGUGACGUGCGCACAGGGUUCAUCCAUCUGGCCGAGGCCUUCGCGUAUCGCAGAGACCCCGAGGUGCCGCUGAGAGCCGUCAUGGCAAUGCUGAAAGCUGGAGAACGAUGCAAUGCUGAAGCUGAGCUCAUUGGCAAAGUGCUGCACGGGUUGAUGGAGGUAAAGUCACCAUAUUUGGAGGAGCUGCUGUCUCUGCUGAUGACCGUUGGUACUCAGAAUGGGACCGCUGGCCCUGUGGCCAUGGUGAUAUCCCUGCUCCUUCAGGACUCUGAAGAGCGAACAGCGAAAAAGGAAGCGGACACAAAGAGUGGCACUGAAGUAACAAGGUCAGGACUGAACUCCGGGCUGCUGGUUGAUUGGCUGGAGCAUCUUGACCCUGAAGUUACGUCAGUGUGUCCAGACCUGCAGCAGAAGCUGCUUUUUGCCCUCAACAAGGCACGGGGCACCCCUGCUUAUAGACCUUAUCUCUUGGCCCUGCUGACUCAUCAGUCCAACUGGUCCACCCUGCUGCAGUGCAUCAGCGCUCUUCUUGGCAAGCACAGAGACUACAAACUGGAUCCAUCAUCAGCCCUCGACUUCCUCUGGGCAUGCAGUCAUAUUCCACGCAUCUGGCAAGGACGCGACCAGAAGAUCCCCCAGAAGAAAACGGAGAAGUUUGUGCUGCGACUGAGCUCUGAAGAGCUCAUCAGCCUAGUGGACCUGAUCCUGUCAGAGUCGAAGCUCAGCAGUGUCAGCUCGCCCAGUGACGAUAAAAGUGGCCUGGACCAGGCCUCCUGCUCCCUUAUCCAGUCCAGACUGCCCCUCCUUCACUCCUACUGCGACGGGUCCCUUGAAAACAUCAAGAAAGUCUCAGAAUACCUCAUUAACUGCACAAAGAAGUGGGAUGACAGUGCGAUGAGUAAAUGGUGCCAGAACCUGCUGCUGCAGAUCUAUCUCCACUUCCCUGAGGUCAUCCAGCACGUAACCCUGCCUGGAGACACGUUUAGCAGUGGCGGGACCGCAGACGGUAGCAGCUGCAAGCUGGACGUACUGGUUCAUCGCCUUGUCACGCUGCUUGCUGAUGUCGGAGACUCAAAGUCUACUGAGGGUCGGGUCUCUGAUGCCAAUCUUGCCUGUAGGAAGCUGGCCGUGUCGCAUCCGGUUCUUUUGCUCAGACACAUCCCCAUGAUUGCAGGACUCUUACACGGUCGCAUUCACCUAAACAUGCUGGAGUUCCGGCAGCAAAACCACAUGACGUUCUUCAGCAACGUUCUCGCCAUCCUGGAGCUCCUGCAACCUCUCCUUUUCCACAGCGACCACCAGAGGGCGCUUCAGGACUGCCUCCUGUCCUUUAUGAAAGUCCUUCAGAACUUUCAGAGAAGUCGUUCUCCACUGAUCUUCAUCAAUAAGUUUCUGCAGUUUACACAGAAGUACAUAACACACGAUGCAGCAGCUGCCAUUCCUUAUUUACAGAAGCACUCUGACAUCUUACAGAGUCUCAGUGCAGAAAACCCAGAUCUGGUUCAGCUAAAAUCCCUUCUAGCUGGACUCACGUUGCCAGUGAGAAGCUCCUCUGCAGACGUCACAACAGAAGAAAAAGAUGAUGACUUAUCUACCGGCUCUCUGCCUCUGGUCAACAUAUCUGCUCCAUUUACACUGAGCGCUGCCGAUAUGACAAUGUACUUGAAAAAGAUGUCAAACGGAGAAGCAGUGGAGGAUGUGCUGGAAGUGUUGACAGAAGUGGAUGAGAAGUCAAGGAGGAGUCCAGAAAUCAUACAGUACUUCACUAAUGACCUGCAGAGACUCAUGACCUCGUCUGAGGAGUUGAGUCGGAACAUGGCCUUCAGUCUGGCCCUGCGCUGCAUUCAGAAUAAUCCUAGCUUGGCGACAGACUUCCUGCCAACUUUCAUGUACUGUAUAGGGAGCGGUAACUUUGACGUGGUACAGACUGCUCUAAGGAAUCUUCCAGAAUACGUACUUCUAUGUCAAGAGCAUGCAGAUAUUUUGCUCCACAAGGCGUUUUUGGUCGGCAUCUAUGGACAAAUUGACACCAGCUCAGUGAUCUCUGAGUCCAUGAAGGUGCUUCAUAUGGAAGCAACAACUUAACUGCAACUUCCAGUCUGACUGAAGAUGGCGUCAUUCUUUCUUGGUAUUCCACGGUCUCUCAGAUCAAAGAUUCUCCCCUAAAACCUUAAAGCAAGUAGUGUUAUAACUCCUGCAUCAAUUAAUGACUUUUUGCAUAAGCCAUUUAAAAUGCCUUUACAGAAGUGAAAAUCUUGGGAGUGUUGAAUACAACCAUUUAACAUUAAUUUCAUAUUGCAAAUUUUAGACGAUAUACCAAAUUUGAUUUCUGAUGUAAUAGUAAUAAUUAUAAAUAUGAAGUGUAAUUGGUUUAUUUAAGACUCUCCAUUCAAAAAUAUGCAAUAAAUAACCUUUUAGAAUGAAAUGUGAAAGGUAAAUGAAACGUGUAUUGUAAUUGUUUAAGAAUAAAUGUAAAAGUGGUUUUGCAUUUAAAAGCAUUUUUUUUUUAUAAAGUUAUUAAUUUGCAAGCAAACGAGUUAUUACAUUACUUCAUUUCAUCAUCAUACCAAGUUUGUUAACUCUGUUUUGGCUGGAAAGGUGGAAAAUAAAAUAUUGCUGGUACCGCACGGUAAAAUUAUA